UGCCGCGUCAACGGCUGCCGGAGUGGAGGGGGCGCGGUUCCGACUCGCGCUGUUUCGCCGCCCGUCGCUGUCAUUGCCACUUUUGCUACAGGAGGACGAUUUCUGUCGGAGCGGACGUACGCGGGGCACAGACUGAGCAGCGGUUGAGCGGCUCCGCGUGGGUCUUUGCCCUGCGAUGCCACAUCGCGAGCAGCACGGAGAGGUGCGUGGAGUUUCGCUGCGAAGCCGCAGGGAGAGGGACCCCCCUCCCCACCUCGGUAUCACAAAACAAAAGGCAGCGGGGCUCAGGCAGGACGUGUCCAGUGUGUGCAGCACUAGAAGGGAUGGUGGAAGCCAAGUGAGAGGAUAGGCCCAAGAAGAUCGGCUUACAUUUGCAAAGAUGUCUUAUGUCAGCGGAAAAAAACCUGACAAAGAUGACAAAGGGAAACACAUUCAGGUGUUUGUGCGAUGCAGGCCACUGAAUGGAAUUGAGAGGAAAGCGAAUUCGUAUUCUGUUGUGGAAUGCGAUCAAGCCAGGAAAGAAUUGUCUGUAAAGUUGAAUGUCCCACUUGGAGAAAAGUCUUCAAAGAAGACCUAUACGUAUGACAUGGUCUUUGGUCCUGCUGCAAAACAAAUAGAAAUUUACAAGAGUGUGGUUUAUCCAAUUUUGGAUGAAGUUAUCUUAGGUUACAACUGCACAGUAUUUGCUUAUGGACAGACUGGUACAGGGAAAACCUUCACGAUGGAAGGGGAAAGGUCACCAAAUGGUGAAUUCACUUGGGAAGAGGAUCCUCUGGCUGGGGUCAUCCCAAGGACCCUGCACCAAAUCUUUGAAAAACUCACCAGCCUUGGGGUUGAGUUUUCGGUAAAGGUCUCUCUGCUGGAAAUCUACAACGAAGAGCUUUUUGACUUGCUUAGCUCCAGCCCAGACAUCGGAGAGAGGCUUCAAAUGUUUGACGACCCUCGCAAUAAGGGAGCGGUGUUGAUCAAGGGCUUGGAGGAGGUGACGGUCCACAACAAGGAUGAGGUCUACCACAUCCUGGAGCAUGGUGCCGCCAAGCGACGAACCGCCUCCACUCUGAUGAAUGCCUACUCCAGCCGAUCCCACUCGGUGUUUUCCAUCACCAUACACAUGAAGGAGACCAUGAUGGAUGGGGAAGAGCUCGUGAAGAUAGGCAAGCUAAAUAUGGUGGACCUUGCCGGCAGCGAGAACAUUGGGCGCUCAGGAGCAGUGGACAAGCGUGCUCGCGAGGCCGGGAACAUCAACCAGUCUCUGCUCACCCUCGGAAGAGUGAUCACCGCGCUCGUGGAGAGGACUCCACACAUUCCUUACAGGGAGUCAAAGCUGACCCGGCUCCUGCAGGACUCCCUGGGUGGUCGAACCAAAACCUCCAUCAUCGCCACCAUUUCUCCAGCUGCAGUCAACAUUGAGGAGACUCUGAGCACUCUAGAGUAUGCAGCGCGUGCCAAAAACAUCAUGAACAAGCCCGAGGUCAACCAGAAACUCACAAAAAAGGCACUCAUCAAGGAAUACACCGAAGAAAUUGAACGGCUCAAGAAGGAACUUUCUUCGGCGCGAGAUAAGAAUGGUGUCUACCUUCCUGUGGACAGCUAUGAAGCAAUACAGGGCAAACUGACUGGUCAAGAACAGCUCAUCUUAGAAUGCAAUGAAAAAAUAUCCACGAUUGAAGAAGAAAUUAAAAAGGUGACAGAGCUGUUCACGGACUCCCAAAAAGAGCUGAACGAGAAGACUGCGUGCCUGGAGCAAUGCCAGAUGCAGCUUCAUGAGACUUUCCAAGACCUGAGCCAAGUCCGGAGCCAGCUGCAAGUCUCAUCCCUACUGGUCGAGGAGCACCGUACCACAGAGGAGAAACUCUACCAGACGGCGAACCAGUUGCUACUCACAGCAGAUGAAACCACUGAGGAUCUGCAAGGCCUGCAAAUGAAGCUGGAACGGAAGACCGUCGUAGAGACUCACAAUGAAAUGGUGUCGACCAUCUUCAGCCAACAGAUUGAGCAACUUUUUACUGAGGCCAAAGGGAAGAUGCAGAUGCAGAGAGACUUACAGUGCAGCAUGGUCGACUCUUACACUGCUUCUUUGGGCGACGUCGUGAAGGCCGGCUCGCACACUCUGCAGGGGGUGUUGGAGGAGGUGGAGGGCUCGGUGACCUCCCUCAAAGAGUUCAUGCAGGCUCGACUCGCACAGUUUGUCCAGACGCUUCAUGAGCAGAAGGAGAUCAGUAAGAGUGGCGGUUCCCAAUUGGACCACACUCUCAAACGUUACGUGGAGGAUGUUGAUGAAAUGAUGCAGAACACGUUGCUUCCCACUUUCACAUCGUUAAAUGAACUCAACAUGCACAAUAAGAAGGUUUUUCAAAAUUUACAAACAACUACAGCAAAGGCUGAAGAGGUUAAAGACACAUUGAGAACGUUUACGUCCAACCUUGUUGAAAUUCUAGAGAAACUUCGUCUUGGCGCCGAUUCGUCAAUCAGGCGGCUGGCAGAGGAGAAUUCUCUUUUGAAACAGAAACUGAAACUUCAGAGAAAACAGCAAGCACAGGAAAUUCGGAAUGUGAUGCAAACUCUUAAUGCAGAGCUGACCUCUUUGGAUAGUCAAGCAGAGGAUGAAGUUGCCAGCAUGUUGCACUGUGCGGACAAUGUUGACACAAUCCUGGGAAACCUCCACAACACUAUAAAGAGUGAUUUGCAGAAUGGAGCUGACUUGACAAAGGUGUGUGGGACAAGCAUGAUUGACAGCUUGAGUGGUGUGCAUGGGGAGAUGCAUGCUAUGAGUAAUGCAGGAACAGCGCAGUCUGACUUGGCUGCAGAAAAGCAACUUUCCCUGUGUGCCGAGUUGAACCGGCUCCAGGCCUCGUCGCACAACUCCUACGACCAUCAGCAACGUCAGCUGCAACAAAUGAUGUCGCAUCAAGAGAUGUCCUUCCAGGAAAACCAGAACGCCUGGAAAGCCUCACAAAAGGAUUCAGGAACUAGAAUGGAUGCAGUUAGAGGAGCGUGGAGCUGCCAUUUGCAGAAACACGAGUUGCAACUGCAGGCCGCAAUCGUGAAUCUGCAGAGGCAGAUGGAAAUUGAUCGGGAGGCUGUUAGCCAGCUCUCGAGAGUCCUGGAGGAGAAUAGGAACACAUGCCUCCAGACGAUCAAACAAUUCUUCCAUGAUGACUUCAAGAAGGACAUUCCUACAGGCACAACUCCCCAGCGUAAGGAGUACCGGUACCCACGGGUUCUGCAGCGAACGGAACCCCACGAUGCUCUGGUUGAGAAGUUACAACAGCAGGUGGACACGCUUCAUCGUGGAGAACCACUCCCAGCUCAAGAAAUACGAAUUGACAAUGUAGAAGAAAGUGAUAGUUUUGAGGAAGAGUCAACGGAGAAGUCCGAUAUCGAUGAAGAUGUUCCUUCCGAAGACUCCUCUGGUCUUCCCUUCUUUCAGAGAGCAUCCAGAAGCAAGAAGGACAAAGAGACCAAGAAGGACAAGGAGAACAAGGCACACUCCUCCUGCACGCCGAGCCUCCAGAACAAGAGCAACGGCUGCAACAACGACGCGGAGACGGCCACGUUCAAGUCUAAAAUCCCUCUGCAAAUCCAUAACUAACGGCCAUAUAGGUUCACUCUGGAGUACAAUCGCAGGAUUUGUUUGUCAGUAUAUGUUAAAAAAAAAUUUGUAUUGUUACAUAUUAACUGAACGUAACAUAGUGCAGUGUUGGCAUUUGAAUUUUUUUUUUUACAAUACCUUUAAUACCUUCCUAUGUGUCCCAACAUUUGUCUGGAGAUUAUUUCAUUCUUUAAAAUGUGCCUUAAUCUUAAUAGGGUGUAAGUUUUUUGCAUUGCAAUACAUUUGAAGGAAAAUGCAUUCAUCAGCCUGAUUUUUAAUAUAAAACAUUUCAUUUGCUCAUUAUUUUCAUCCUGAUUGUCAAUCCGGCAUUGGGAUUCACAUGCCUCGUUUAUAAUUGUGGUUUUGCCUGGCACCUCUCAUUCUCAAAUCCUUGCCCUGGGAUACCACUUAGAAUGUAAUGGCUCUCGUGUCACUCAACUGUUGUGGUAUAUUUGGCAAAAAAAAUAAAGUUAAUAACUUGGCCAUCACAACUCUGCGUAAUGGCACAGUAUGCAAACAAAAAUGCUUUCCCCUUCGUAUGGAGUGAAGAGAUGAAAUCAAUAAAUUAUCACGUGAUGGCAGCCCUGCGAUCACGUGGUACGCCUGGCCGUUGUAACAGUUGAAUGGGAUUUGUAAAACAAUACUCAUAUCAGGUGCUAUAUGAUUGCCGUAAUAUGUAUGUCCUUAGGAAUUGUUACAUAGAAGCCUGCAUGCUGUUUGUGCCCAUACAAUUGUCAGUAGCUUAGUAAGCCGUGAUGGUCUCGCAGUCUGCCAGGUGGUUAGUUGGUGAUGUAUGUGUGAAACGCCAUUCAUGAAUAGGGGCACGGAUGUAAGUUUUCAUUUACUUAAAUGUAUUUUAUGUGACCAAGUGCUUCGCAUUGUUAAAACACUUGCAAACACUAUUUAAAAAUAAUAAAUUUGUAAUUUAAUAA